AGAAGAAAGAAAAAAAAAGGAGAAGUCCGACGCGAUUAUUCCCCAAAUCAAGAAGGCGGAAACGGGGAAAGCUGAUGUUGCGUCGUACCCAUUCCCCGACAGUUUCCACUCCAGCGUUUUCUCGUCUUCUCUGAUUGUUUUGCUCCUCACUUUCGAUUCUCCAACGAUAAUUUCUGGGCGGGGUGUCGGGUUGUUGGUCAACGCGGAGUCAGAUCCAGAUCUUUGACGAUCGUUGCGUUGCGGCUCCUGAUCGUUGUUGGGUUGGGGGCAGUUUUCAGCUCGGGAAUCUGAAGGAACCCCUGUUUUGUGAGCGGACCCUUUAUUGAUUCGGAGUUCGAUUCUGCUUUUGAGUUUCUUGUUCUAUCGAGCGUGGCAGAUCUGGGGAUGGGUCAUCGUCAUCCCGGAGCACGCGGUUCUUGAAAUAUUCCAGCGUCGGGGAGCUGUAGAUCUUCUUGUAGUUGGGAUAGGAAGCAGUUUCUCGGGGAUUUAGGAGGUGGGUUUUGAUUGUUUCGAUCGUUUGGAGGUUAGCAUGGAUUUAGAUGACUUUAGGACGGUGUUGGAGAGUUCAGGGGUUGAUGUCUGGACGUUCAUCGACACGGCGAUAACGGUGGCUUCUUUGGACAAUUUCGAUGAGUUGAAGAGGAGGAGGGAUGGGAUUGUGGAGCGGUUAUAUGCAGCCACUUUGUCUGCAAAGUGUGGGAGCUGUCAAACUGAUGGUUUGGUGGAUAGGCCUAAUGGGCACAUAGUCAGGGGUCCAGUCCAAGAAGAGAAGGCCAAGGGUCGUGAAGGGAAGGCGAAUUCACCCUCCACGCCGCAAUCGACGGACAUGAAUGACGAGUUGGACCCGUUUGGGGGUUUGUUCGAUGAUGAGCAGAAAAGGAUUCUCGAAAUUAAGAGGCAUCUUGAGGACCCUGAUCAGCAGUCUGCAGAUUCCCUGGUUGAGUUGCUUCAGAGUCUAGCAGAUAUGGACAUUACAUUCCAAGCUCUGGAGGAAACUGAUAUCGGAAGGCACGUAAACCAGUUCCGGAAGCAUCCAUCAAAUGAUGUUCGGCGACUUGUGAAGCAUCUUGUUAGGAAAUGGAAAGCAAUUGUGGACGAAUGGGUAACUGUGAAUCAGCCUGGAGAAGUUGCCUCCUCCGCACUUUUGGGAGCUGAUGGAGACUCGCCCCAGCAGAAAGUUCCACAGAACGGUUACUCCAAGGUUCCUGAAUUUGGACACUCUCCAAAUCCGCAAAAUGGAAGUUCUGGCUCGGAGAGAAACUAUUCAGAGCCAGAAGCCAAGGCCAAGAUGGUAGUGCGCAAAGAAACUCCGUCUAAACCACAUCCACGAGUUUCAGCAUCUGCUUCUGCACAAAAUAGACUGAGGGAGCAGAAGGAGAGCGGCUUUGAUGCUGCGAGGCUGGCUUCAGCGAGGAAAAGGCUUCAAGCGAAUUAUAAAGAAGCUGAAAACGCUAAAAAGCAAAGAACGAUUCAAGUGAUGGACAUUCAUGAGAUACCAAAACCCAAGAAUGCCUUCUUUGGAAAGAACAAAGCUGGUGGUUCUCAGGGGAAGCACUGGUGAUAUGAAUGGCAGACAUCACAGAAACAACAAUACAAGCGAGAGAAGCUUUUUGCAGGAACUGGGAAAUCUGAAACCCCUUUCUUCCUUCAAAAACUAUUUUUGGGUCCUAUAAAUGACAACAUUUUCCUCAUAUUUCUUCCUUAUUGAGGACCGAAAAACCCAAAAACUCUGAUUUAAGAAAGUAUAAUUUGCAGUUUGCACUGUGGCUUUCUUAUGAAGUUUGUCCUGAGCCAUCUGUGUAGGAGAUGGGGGUUUUCCUUGAAAAGUUUGAACUUUUCCCCACAAAUUUCCCAAACAUUUUGCUGUUGACGGUGGCUGCUCAAGAGGGGUUCGCUGUGUUCUGAGAUUGUUACUAGGCAAAGUUUCUUGGUAGACUGCCGGUCUUCUUCCCAACUUUUUCUCUGGAAAAAUACUCCCCAGUUCUUGAGUCUGUUAAUCGGUUGCUUUCAUGGAAACAAGGUUUCAGCUCAAUUUUCUUUCGAUUGAAAAGGAGAAAAACUCAUUUUGACUUUAGACCAAGCUGGUUACUUGCCAUAGGUCCAGCAGGACUGCAUGAUGUCUGGGAAAAAAAGAACUGUAGAACACUGUUGUAGCUUCAAUAUUACGUAGCUUACACAGUUUCUGUUGUCUUCUUCCCUUAUAAUAUAUUCAGAGACAUGGAAGUAAAGAGUGUAUAAAGCUCAACAUGUCAAAUUGCAAAGCAUGGUCGAGUUCUCAGCUAGCAGAGUCAGGUUUAGGAAGAUCAAGAUUGCAUUCUUACUGAUAGUUUGCUUCUCUUGAAAGCCCUUUUGGGUCUGCACAACUAAAUCAAGGAGUCGAUUAGUGGAAAUUCAUUUGAGAAUUGGUUAACUUAUA